AUGUGUGCUCUCGCCAAGUGCACCAUCAGCGUGCCCAGAAAUGCCAGCACGCUUGCCGUGAGGCGCGCCAACCGUUGCACAGGCCUAGUUGCAAUCAAUGCAAUCUUGCAGCGUAAUGCAGGCAGGUGUUGGAUAGUGGCACAAUGGAUUCAAAAGUCGCCAGGAUCUUGGUUGAUCUGCAUAGGCCGGCUGCAUUGUUUACGUCUACAUGUCGCAACUUCUGAGGCUGCAGCCAUCAAAAGCGUGUCGGGAAUUGAAGAAGUCAGCACUGGUGCUCUCACUGUGCACUCCAAGCCUGCGGAGUGCGAGGACACAGCUUCGAAGGGCCCACUGGCAUCCAGUGCUCCGGCGACGGCGGUCAAAACCAACCAAAGCAGCUGUGACCCAGCGUGUGCUCCCGACAGAGGAAUUUGUGGUCAUGGAGUUUGCUUUUGUCGAUCACCCUACUCGGGUCCAACGUGUGAAUUGGAAUUCAAGGAAGACUUCGUGCGUUUCGGCUACUUCACAGUUGUUUGUCUCGUUUCGGUAGCGAUUGUCCUCGGCUUCUUUGCUGCAGACAUCGUGUGGAGAGUUACACGACCUUCGCCGAAAGCUACGGCCAUCGGGACGCAGCAGGUGAAAAAGGAGACUUGGCGACCACAGGCCAACUGA